AUGGCGCCGUACUGCUUCGACGACGACGCUGAUUGGUACCACGCGCUGGAGGAUUUCCCGCCGUUGUGUUCGUCGACAUCGCCGCUCGCCAUGAGCGUGGAAGAUCACCUGCCGAUCGCCGUUGCGCCUCCCAGUCCUCGGAGCAGCAAGAACGAUCUUCAGGGCUCUGACCAUGGCGCGCUGCUUACUGCUGAUUGCUCGUCGUCAGCUUCGAUUCUGAGGGAUGAAGACAACUACCAUCUGUCCAUGUUCUCUGCGCCAGCGCCACCCGCCUCCGGCGAUCCGUACUACGACUUCAAUCAGCUCCCACCUAUAGCUGUGGAUGGCGCGACGGUGGGCCUCGAUGACGCGCUCCAGCUGCCGUUCAGCGACAUUGAUAUGGAGGCCUUCGGCGACACCGAGCACAAGGCGACCCUUGCUGAUAACAUGAUGAUAGUGUCAGCGGACCGCUACACCGUUUGCCAAAAUGCAGGCGUCGACGUUCAUGGUCAUCAACAGCCCAGGGCCAUCGCGGACUGUUACCGUCCAGGAGCCAAUGGCUUCGAAAUGACCGUGAGGCAUCAUGGGGAGCAUCAUCAAGCGAGCUCAGUAGCGGCACUGCCACCGCCACCUCCUUUGGGCCCGUCGCUGCCACGGGCGCGCGGGACGGGGAGCGGAGACCGAUCAGCUCCGGCAGGGAAAACAAGUCUGGACCACAUCGGCUUGGACGAGCUGAGGAAAUACUUCUACAUGCCGAUCACCAAGGCGGCGCGGGAGAUGAACGUGGGGCUCACCGUGCUGAAGAAGCGGUGCCGCGAGCUCGGCGUCGCGCGGUGGCCGCACCGGAAGAUGAAGAGCCUCAAGUCCCUCAUCGUCAGCGUCCAGGAGAUGGGUAAUGGCAUGUCCCCGGCGGUUGUGCAGCGGGAGCUGGCGGAGCUGGAGACGUACUGCGCGCUCAUGGAGGACAACCCGUCGAUCGAGCUCACCGACCGGACCAAGAAGCUGCGGCAGGCGUGCUUCAAGGAGAGCUACAAGCGGAGGAGGGCGGCCAGUAGUGCCUCUGCAGGCAACGAGGCGUGCUUCAAGAACUACAUGAUCGAUCACAUCUACAACUUUGGCCAUUAUCAUCAGCUGCCUCUGCAGCCCGAGGAAGAGGCAGAUCUAGACAAUGGUGAUGUCACGGACAAGCAUGGCUAUGAUGAAGAAGAUGACGAGGAGCCCAAGGGGGAGGGCAACGACAACAAGGUGGAUGAGGAGGAGAAACCCGAGGAGGAGGACGACGACAACAAGGAGGAUAACAACAAUAGGGAGGAUAAGCCCAAGGAGGACGAGGACUGUGACGACGGCAAGUAUGACGAGCAUUAUUGGGAGCAGCCUGAUAGCCUGUGUUGGUCCCAGCUGACGACAAUCAACGACGAUAAAGAUGAGGAUAUUGCGGCCUCAAAGAGAAGGAUGCUACAUUAG